AUGGAUACCGAAAUCAUCGUACAGGACCUCGAACUACGGUCAUUGAUCGGAUUCGACGGUAAUCCACUGAACGGCCUUAUACUGCACCCGGAUGGCGUUCAUCUAGUUUACCCGCUCGGCACCAAUAUCGCGGCGUAUAAUUGGCGCACGAAGGCUCAGCGGUUCUUCGAGGGACAUACGAACGUGAUAUCGGCCGUGACAGUGUCAUCUUCUGGCCAGUACGUGGGUUCCGGUCAGGUGAACUACAUGGGGUUCCGGUCACCGAUAAUCGUGUGGCAAUUCGACACCGGUCAGCUGGUCGCGAAAUACGAGUCACACAAGGUGCGUGUCGAGUCCGUCGCGUUUUCGAGCUGCGAGAACUUUCUGAUAUCGCUAGGCGGCGUCGAUGACGGUUCGGUGAUCGUUUAUGACAUUGGUAAGCGGGAGGUACUGUGCGGGUCUUCGUCCGUCAAGUCGACCGCCGGCUCGGCGACGGUGCUCCAGCCAGUGCAUACGCGUGGCGAGUGUUUCGUCGUUGCCGGCGACAAUAUACUCCGGCUGUGGACGCUCAACAGAGAACAGCGGAACAUCCAGGGGCUAGACGGUUCGUUCGCCAAGAUCAAGCGCAAGAUUUUGUGCACCGUUGUCGACCGGCUGGACGAGUACGCUUACUGCGGAACCAGCACGGGUGAUGUGAUGAAAAUCAAAUUGAACUUCUCGUCCGACACGGCCGUGGUGGCUCCCACCAACGCACCGACACUGGUCGGGUGCUUUGCCAAGUACCCGCCGGCUGGCAAAAACAAGCGUGGCACCUCUGCCGCUGCUGCCGUGGAACUGUAUAGCAAAGGCAUCACGGCGUUGUACCUGGUCGCGGACGGCACUAUGUUGGUAGGAUCCGGGGACGGCGUCGUUGAGCUGGUAAAGCAGAAGGCCCGCGACAGCGGCCGGGGCACGUGUAGCAAGCCGGACAGCACUCGACUGGCAACGCCCACCCGUCCACUGUUGGUGGCCGUGAAGUCGGCCAACGUCGAUUCGUCCGUGACCAGCAUACAGCUGAUGGCCGACGGCAUCGUUUUGGUGGGCACCGUUAACUGCGAGCUGUUUGCGAUCCGGGCGCACGACUUCGACGUCACCUGCCUGUUCACGUGUCACACGUCCGUAGUGUAUGACCUUGCGUUCCCGCAUGGCUACAGCAAGGUGUUCGCCACUGCCAGCAAACAUGACGUGCGCGUCUGGUCGGUGGACACGCUGCAGGAGCUGCUCCGGAUCACCGUGCGCAACUUCACGUGCUCAGGCGUGCUGUUCUCGUACGAUGGCGCGCAGAUUGUCACGUCGUGGAACGACGGCAACAUCCGGAUAUUUGCACCGGAAACCGGGCGUCUGUUGUACGCCAUCAACAACUGUCACAACAAAGGCGUGUCGGCCAUCGCCAUGUCCAAGGACGGCCGGAAGCUGUUGAGCGGUGGUGGUGAGGGCCAGGUGAGGGUUUGGCAGGUGGACAACCUCAACGGGGCGCUGCAAGCCGUGCUCAAGGAGCACAAGGGUCCGGUGAGCUCGAUCGACGUGCACCAGCUGGGCCAUGAAGCGAUCACGGCCAGCGCGGACGGCACGUGCGUCGUCUGGGACAUUGUCCGGUUUACGCGACUGUCCAUUAUGUUCUCGUCGACGAUAUUCACUAGCGCCAAGUACCAUCCUAACGGCGCCCAACUGCUCACAUGUGGUACCAACAGGUAUAUUGGAUUCUGGGAGGCACUCGACGGGUCGUUGAUACGUGAGAUCGAAGGAUCGUCGGCGUCUGCUCUCAACUCGCUAGACGUUACGCCUAACGGGAAGUAUAUCGUCACCGGCAGUUCAGACCAGAUGGUGAAGGUGUGGCUGUAUAACGAAGGGGUGCCCACACACGUCGGGGUGGGUCACGCGGGAGUAGUGACCAACGUAAAGGUGAGCCCGGAUGGUAGAUUCGUGGUGAGCACGAGCGCGGACGGCGGCAUAUUCUUGUGGCGUUUUCCUCAUGCCGCAGACACCGCACCGCCUGGCAGCCGGUGCAGCGCGAAUAGCGUCGGCGGUGGCGGUGCAGGCAGUCUACGAGAACAGCAGACAGACCGUUCGAGGCAGCUCUCGCUGAAGAAAACGCUGCCGGCCAGGAAAGAGAAUAUCAAAGUUAUAUCCAACGUGCAAAAGGUACGGACGGCCACGGACUGCAGUCGACCGACUGCGGCAUCGACGGUGGGCGGUGACGGGAACGCCACCGAAACGGCCGUCGACGGAUCGGUAAAAUGUCUGUGCCGGCGUGGGUCGACUUGCGUUUGCUGCGACCACAGUGCAGGAGGCCGAAAGACCAAACCGUUCGUACAUUGA